UGGAGUAAUAGCUAUUUUCAGUUGUUUUGAUAACCUCGCUCUCUUUUUCGCGGGCUUUUGUGAUCGCUGUCAAUCAAAUGCCAACAUUUCAGUGAGGAGCUAGCUGCUAGCACCUAGCCUGACAGAUAUUUUUAUUCCACGAAAAGUUAGACAUGGAGGAACUUACCUCAACUGUGAAAAGUCUUACUGAGCUCCUGCUGCAAAAGCAGCUAACAGAUUAUGAUGAAGUGAUAGAGGAGCUCUUCUCUGAAGUCCCUGGACUUGAGGCUAUGCCCAAAAUACCAGAUCCGCAGCUGGAGGAGUGUGCCAUUAAGCUGUGGAACUGGGGAGUUACUAACAAUGUGGGUGUCACAAUAAGUACAAUUCAAAAAGCCCAAGUGCGUCAUGUUGCAUGCAGUCUGUUGUACUGCUGUGAGCCUGAGAACCCAACAGAGGGCACCAUUCGCAAGCAGAUUCUGGCCAGCAAAACAGGGAGAACCUGGCUGGACUGCAAAAAUCCCCAGAUGGCAGAUAAAUACUUAAGCCUUGCUGUCAAGAGCCUUGAAAUCCUCUACAGCCAACUGAUGUCCAGAGGCAAUGGCACAGCUGACAUCAGUUCAUCCAAGGAGGAUGUGGAGAAGGAUCUACUUCGAAUUCUCUCAUACCAAGCAGAAUCGGCCAUAACUCAAGGCAAUAACAAAGAGGCUGUGGCCUACAUUCAGCGUUGUAAAGACAUGUUGCUGCGACUACCAAAGGAUACUGCGUACCUCUCCCUAAUGUGCUACAACUUUGGAAUAGAUGCUUACAAUGUGAGGAAGUAUGAAGACACUGCUUUUUGGUUGAGUCAAAGCUAUGAUAUCGGGAAAAUGAAUAUGAAAUAUGGCCCUGGAUCUGAAGUUUUGGCCAAGGCUUUGCGGCUCCUCGCCACUGUUUAUUUGGAGUGGGACUGUGAGAAGUUUGCAGAGAAGGCGGUCAACGCUGUUAGCUUAGCAAACAAGGAAUGUGUGAGCACAUAUGGACUGUACUUAAAGAUCAAAAUACUCCUGAGAUGUGAGUCAUCAGACAGUGACUUCAGAGCAGGACUUAAUGAGAUGCUGGAAUCAGAAGUUUCUCUUGAGCUCUGCCUAAGUACAGUGAAACUAUUAAUCUCUGAAAAGAGAGAAGCGCUGGCUUUUGAGUAUUUGAAAAGUGUGUGUCAGCACUUUGAGACAUCCCCUGACCUGGGAACUGCUCUUGUCUUGCACAUUGAGCUGCUGCUGCAGAGAGGCAAAGAGCUGCUGGGCAAACAGAAGAUUGAGGAUGUUAUCACUGGCCACUGUACAGGCAAACAGCUGACCCCACAGGCUCUUACAAGUCUCCAUGUCUUGCUGUGGGAUAAAGCAUCCAAGUACUUUGAGGCUGGAAGCUAUUCUGAGGCUCUUCAGUGGUAUAACUACUCCUUAAGUCUCUUCAAGGGAGGUCAAAUGGAGCCCAACUUAGCCAAACUGCAAAGAAACAGAGCUUCCUGCUUCCUAAAACUUAAGCAACUGGAAAAGGCCAAAGAAGCAAUUAAGGAAGCACAGAGAUGUGAUCCAGACAACAUUUUUACUCAGUUUAGCGUAUACAAGGUGGCUGUGCAGGAGAAUGAGGCAGAGAAAGCCUCAGGUGCAUUACAUGCAAUGGGACGUCUGUCCAAGAAUCCUGUAGCCUGUGAGGACAGACUGCUGGUGUCGGAGGAUGCUGCUUCCAAUCUCCUGAGUCUGGCUGCUCAGAUUGCUCUGGAGAAUGGACAACAGGAAACCGCCAUGAAAGCACUGGAGAUUUUGUGUGAACACUCCAAAGAUCAAGCACAGGUUCUGGUUGCUCUGAGGUGUUUGGUUCGGCUUGUUCUCUCCACAAUAGAAAAAUUGAGUGAUGAAAUAAGAUCUACAUUUCCUACAUUCAUUCCAUGCAGUGAUGUAAGUCUGGAUGUCUUGCUGCCGCAUCUAAAAAAGGCUCUGCAGACAAUUUCACACCCCUCUCACAUGACUGUUGAUCAACGCACAGAGGAAGCUAACUGGUUCAGAAAGAUUGCUUGGAACUUGGCUUUGCAGUGCGAGAGCAGCCCUGACAAAAUGAGAGAUUUCUUUGUGCUCUCUUACCAGUUCUCCCAGCUGUGCCCACCUGAUCGCACUCUCCUCAUGGGCCAGAGGACAUGUCUGCUAAUGGCUGCUGCUGCUUCUUUGGAGCUCGGCAGGAAGUCUUCUCACCCUACCCAGGAGUUCACUCAGACUCUGGAGCACAUUCAGAUCUGUUCAGAGGUGUGGAAAACCCUGAAAGCAUCAGGAAGCUUUCCAAUGGACCCGACAGACUCUCUACUACUGCUGUAUGAGUUUGAAGCUCGUGCUAAACUGAAUGAUCCCAUAGUUGAGGCAAUACUGGAGUCUGUGUUGGAGCUUGAAAGUGUUGAACCCAAAAUGUUAGAGACCAUGGCAGCCUUGGCAAUGGAGCCUCCAGCCUAUUUCCCUCUGCUGUGCAAGAAGGCCUUGAGGGUUGCUCUCUUUCUGCACAAGAAACAACCACAGGCUGACCUGGCGCACUGCAGCAAGUGUGUUCACAGCCUUAUCAAGCUGUCCCUCCCAAGUGGCGUGUCAGAGGUGGAGGCCCAUGUGCUCGAGGAGGUGUGGAACUACUACGAGGAGGCCCUGUCUAUCAUUGCAGCCGCACCGGACGACUUCCCAGAGAUGGAGACCUUGUGGUUGCUGACUCAGGCUUGGAACACUGGGAUUUUGCUGUACAGCUUGGCUCAAUACCCCGAAGCUGAGAAGUGGUGUGGCCUGGCCAUGAGCUUUGUCCGCCACCUGGGAUCUCUACAGGAGAGCUAUGAGACACAGAUGUCUGGUCUCUACAGCAAAAUCCUGGACAGAUUGGACAAAGCAAAGAAAAAUGUCAACAUGAAAGAAUAGACAAACAGGUAUAGGUCAGCUGUCGGGAGCCUGGUGCACGCCUGUUCUUCGGGGAAACCUACCUACGUUUAUUCAGUUCAGUUUUCAACACCCUAACGUUCUCAAUGUUAUGAGAAACAUUUACCAGAAAUUCCAGUUUGGUAUGUUCUUUUAAAUUAUUUUAACUGUGGUGUAUUUCUGGUAGACUAGUACAUUCAUUUCUGGUCUGAUUCUUACCUGAACAUUUGUUCUAAGCUCCUAUCCAUUUAUACUUUUCCAACAGAAACUAAAAAAAAAUAAAUUAAAUAAAUCUA